AUGUCAGAAUUACAGUUGCCUCCAGGUUUCCGAUUUCACCCAACCGAUGAAGAACUCGUCAUGCACUAUCUCUGCCGGAAAUGCGCAUCGCAGUCAAUCGCUGUUCCGAUCAUCGCUGAGAUCGAUCUCUACAAAUACGAUCCAUGGGAGCUUCCCGGUUUAGCUUUGUAUGGUGAGAAGGAAUGGUAUUUCUUCUCUCCCAGAGACAGAAAAUAUCCAAACGGUUCAAGGCCAAACCGGUCGGCCGGUUCUGGUUACUGGAAAGCGACCGGAGCUGAUAAACCGAUCGGACUUCCUAAACCGGUCGGGAUUAAGAAAGCUCUGGUUUUUUACGCCGGGAAAGCUCCAAAGGGAGAGAAAACCAAUUGGAUUAUGCACGAGUACCGUCUCGCCGACGUUGACCGGUCGAUUCGCAAGAAGAAGAAUAGCCUCAGGCUGGAUGAUUGGGUUCUUUGCCGGAUUUACAACAAAAAAGGAGCUAUCGAGAAGCGAGUACCACCUCCUCCGGUGGUUUACGGCGGAGUGGCCGACGAGGUCGUGGAGGAGAAGCCGAGGUUGAUGGAGAUGGGUAUGCCUCCGCCGCCGAAACAGACUGCGACGGCGAGUGAUUUCUUGUAUUUCGACAAUUCAGAUUCGGUGCCGAAGCUGCAUACGACGGAGUCGAGUUGCUCGGAUCAUGUGGUGUCGCCGGAGUUCACGAGCGAGGUUCAGAGCGAGCCCAAGUGGAAGGAUUGGUCGUCGGCUGUUACUGCUAAUGACAAUUAUACCCUUGAUUUUGGCUUUAAUUACUUAGAUGCUACUGUGGAUAACAACGCGUUUGGAGGAGGGAGUAAUCAGAUGUUUCCGCUACAGGAUAUGUUCAUGUACAUGCAGAAACCGUAUUAG